AGAAAGAAAGAAAGAAAGCAAGCUUAACUAUGAAGAAAAUAAACUGAAGAAGCUGCUUCCUCCAUUUUUGAAUCCAAAAUCUGUGUUGAUGAGUUCAGGGUUCAGAAUGAUGUAUACAGUAGUGUUUCUAUCAUUCUCAUGUACUUUCUUCCUGCUUCUACAUGUGAUGCUUCAACCUGUCUUCUGUCUCGCAAAUAUUCCACUGCGAUGACAUCAAAGCUUCAGCUGAUGGCGGUUUUGAAAGAUUUGGUGAACGGAUGAUGAAUCACAAUUGAAGAAGAAGAAGAAGAUGUAGAUCUUAAUACAUUUUCUUUUACAUUUCCUUUUUUUUUUUUUUUUUGAAAGUUCAAUUACUGUAUUAAAAUACUCCUACAUAUAAUACUACUACUUAAUUUGUGUGUGUUAAGUUUCUGUAUUGAUCUUGCUUGUUGAUUUGUUGAAAUUUUGAUUUGUUGGUUUUGUUUGAUUCAAAUUUGAGUUUCGUUCUUCAUCCCUCCUUGUAAUCUUUGAUUGGGAGGGUGGGUCCUACCACCAGCAGACCAUGUUUUCGGAUAAAGAUUAUAUUAUGGGUCCCCGUUCCGAAUUCUUCUAUUUUUGCUUCUAUGGGUCAGGAGAUAGGACUCAGGUCCUCCCAAAGGAGAAGAGCUAAAACUUUGUCGGCAACAGUAAAAUGUAUAUCCACGGUCAAGAUUCCGGCGUACUCAGGCUAUAUUUCUGAAUGUAUGUCCACGUCCAGCAGGCCUCCAUUCCUUGACUUCAUUUGAAACGAGAUACUACUUUUCAUUGGCGGUACACCAUGUACUGAAGAUUUGUUUUCUCAUUUUCUCAAAUGAAUCAAAUGCCAUGGAACCAUCAAUGGUUUCGAAAUAUACUAAGAACAUGUAUACUAGAAAGAAAUCUGUUAACUGGAAAAUCUCUUCAAUCUCUUUACAUAAAAGGUGUUGUUCCUGAAUCAACUUACUUAUCUAAUCAUUUCAUUACUCUGUACUCAAAAUGUGGUCAUCUUAGUUCUGCUCAUAAAGCAUUUGAUUCAAUACUAGAACCAAAUGUGUUUUCAUAUAAUGCUAUUAUUUCUGCUUAUACAAAAGAAUCGCAGAUGCAGAUUGCACAUAAGUUGUUUGAUGAGAUACCUCAACCUGAUCUUGUUUCAUGGAAUACUCUUAUAUCUGGUUAUGCUGACUCUGGGGAGGGUAGACCUGUGCUGGGUUUGUUGGGGAGAAUGCGAGAGGUGGGUAUUGAUAUGGAUGGGUUUACACUGUCUGGGGCAAUUAAAGCAUGUAGUGAAGAUGUUGGUUUGAUUAUGCAAAUUCAUUGUUUUGGGAUUACGGCGGGUUUGAACUGUUUUGUUUCGGUGGGUAAUUCGUUGCUUACUUAUUAUGGUAAAAACGGGUUUUUAACGGAGGCGAAGCGGAUUUUUGAUGAGAUGGGAUUUAUUAAAGAUGUGGUUUCUUGGAAUUCAAUGGUUGUGGCUUACGGGCAACAUAGGGAGGGAUCGAAAGCUUUGAGUUUGUUUCAAGAAAUGGUUCAUAGAGGGUUCCCUGUGGAUAUGUUUACAUUGGCUAGUGUUUUGACGGCAUUCACUUGCGUAAAAGAUUUAUCUGGCGGAGUACAAUUUCAUGCUCAGUUGAUUAAGACUGGCUUUUACCAGAAUUCCCAUGUUGGGAGUAGUUUAAUUGAUCUGUAUUGGAAAUGUAGGUUUGGUUCGGAUGCUACCAAAGUGUUUAAAGAAAUUCUGAGACCUGAUUUAGUUCUGUGGAACACUAUGAUUUCGGGGUAUUCCCAAAGUGAGGAGUUCCCAGAAGAGGCUGUGGAUUGUUUUCGACAGGUACUACGUGUAGGCUACUUACCAGAUGACUGUAGCUUUGUCUGUGCAAUCAGUGCGUGUUCAGAUUUAUCAUCUCCUUCUCUGGGUAGACAGAUGCACUCUUUGGUAGUUAAGUCUGAUAUACCAAAGAAUAAAAUCUCAGUGAAUAAUGCAUUAAUUGCAAUGUAUUCGAAGUGUGCAAGUCUUCAGGAUGCUAGACGAGUGUUUGAAGAGAUGUCAGAGCAUAAUAACGUCUCAUUCAAUUCGAUAAUUGCAGGCUAUGCUCAGCAUGGCCAAGGAACCGAGUCAUUACUUCUGUUCCAAAGAAUGCUCGAAGCGGAGGUUGCACCUACGAGUAUCACCUUCAUAUCUGUGUUAUCUGCGUGUGCACAUACUGGGAAAGUAGAAGAAGGUCAACAUUAUUUCAAUUUGAUGAAAGAGAAGUUCGGAAUCGAACCACUGACACAGCAUUACUCGUGUAUGAUUGAUCUUUUCGGAAGAGCAGGGAAAUUGAAUGAAGCCGAAAAACUGGUUGAUGCAGUGCCGUUUGAUCCAGGCUCGAUAGGUUGGGCAGCGUUGCUUGGUGCAUGUAGAACACAUGGGAAUGUAAAGCUUGGAGUUAAAGCUGCAAACCAUCUUAUUCAGCUUGAACCCGACAAUGCUGCUCCAUAUACAAUGCUUGCAAACAUAUAUGGAACUGCGGGCAAAUGGGAAGAAUAUGCAGAAGUAAGGAAAAAGAUGAGAGAUAAAAGGGUGCAGAAAAAUCCAGGACGUAGUUGGAUAGAGGUGAACAGGAUAGUUCAUACGUUUGUUGCAGAAGAUAGUUCACACACACAGAUUAGAGAAAUUCAUAAAUUCUUGGAAGAGAUGUCAGGGAAGAUGAAACUAGCUGGAUAUGUACCUGACGUGAGAUGGGCAUUGGUUAAAGAUGAUGGUGCAAGGGAGGGUGAGAAGGAAGUGAUGUUAGGGCAUCACAGUGAGAAACUUGCCGUGGCAUUUGGAUUGAUUAGUACUCCAGAUGGAGAGCCCCUAAAAGUCUGGAAGAACCUUAGGAUCUGUGGAGAUUGUCACAAUGCUAUUAAGUUCAUCUCUGCCAUUGCGAACAGAGAGAUCACUGUUAGAGAUACUUAUAGAUUUCAUUGCUUCAAAGAAGGUAAAUGUUCUUGUGGAGAUUAUUGGUGAUAAUGGUCUAGCAAUUUGCAGGAGCAUGCUUAAAAAAAAUGAUUAGAUACAUCAGUUGAGAUAUAAGUGAAUUUAUCUUGUAGAUUGUUAAAUUGACUGACAAGGAUAUUUUUACAAUAAACGAAUGAUUUCUUGAAAAAUAAUCAAAAAAUAAAAAGAGAAGAAAAUAUAGAUUGUUUCUAGUUGAUGCCCUGUCAGGCUAUCACAAACUAAAUUCCUAUAUUUAUAGGUACUGGGAUACCCAUCUAAAGCCAUCGCCAUAACCCAUCUUGCGGACAAUACUGCACAUGAAGACCUCGAUAGGUCGUAUAACUGAGGCAUCAAAAUCAGUCUCUCCUUUGCCUGUGGUAUGAAGGAGACCUAAAUAAUACUUCAGAUCCCCCUCCGAGACUGCCUGUGGCAUGUCAAUCUUGUUUCCCAACACAAGGAACGGGACAGUUGCUAGAGACUCGUCCUUUAGGAUAUUUGCCAGUUCCGUUCUGGAUUCGGCGAACCUCUCCC